CCCUUCCCCUUCCCCUUCCCCGCCAUCAUGGCGGCCGAGCGGCUCCCCAACAAGCCCAGCUGCCUCAUCGUGGCCAGCUCUUGCCGCCGACGGUGAGGUGUGUCGGCGCAGUCCUUCCUUCACUGCUUCACGUUGGGCAGCGUGGCCUUCAACCUUCAGGUUGCCACUCCGGGGGGGAAGGCGAUGGAUUUCGUGGACGUGAACGAGAGCAACACGCGAUGGAUCCAGGACUUCCGCCUGAAAUCCUACGCCAGCCCGGCCAAACUGGAGUCCAUCGACGGGGCCCGAUAUCACGCCGUGCUGAUUCCCAACUGCCCGGGGGCUCCGGUGGACCUGGCCAACAGCGGCUACCUGGCCCGGAUCCUCCAGCACUUCAGCGCCGAAAGCAAGCCGAUCUGCGCCAUAGGCCACGGUGUCGCUGCCUUGUGCUGCGCCACGAAAGAAGACAAGUCCUGGGUGUUCCAGGAUUACAGCAUGACGGGGCCGUCCGUCUAUGAGCUGAUCCGCCAGCCGGGCUUUGCCAGUCUGCCCAUCAUCCUGGAGGACUUCGCCAAAGACUCGGGGGCCACCUUCAGCGCCAGCCGGCCGGACGCCGUGCACGUGGUGCUGGACCGCCACCUCGUCACGGGCCAGAACGACAACUCCACCGUCGCCGCCGUGCAGAACCUGGUCUCCCUCUGCGGUGCCAGGUGA